AUGAUUCGUAUAUCAGUGUGGCUUUUGAUGUCACGGAGGUUCCCUGACAUCGUCCCUUUAAUACCAGACCUAUUCCAUGUAGCUAGCAUAAUUGACCAUCCUCUAAAAGGUAAGAGCAUCGGCGCUGUAGUCAACAACAAAGAACUCGAUCUACUAGACCAACUGCCUUGGACCCACCUCGCAGACUUUCACCGCGACAAAUUGACUUUCCGAGGUAGCGGUCCGGUCCCUCCAGGACCGCACGCCCAUAUCCGAAGCUUGGUUACAAAGGACUACACAGUCAGCAAAUCAGUUGAGCAGCAUAUUGCAACGGUUAUUGGUCGGCUCGAACGUCUGCAGGUGGUCGGUACAAGGAUUCGGUGGGGAUCUUGGAAGGGUGGGAUGGGAUGUAUCCGUGAGGUGGCUAGGGGGUGGAGUCAUGGUACUAUCUAUCUUUUUGAUACUAAUUGCUUCUGUGACGAACGCAUUUGUUACUGGAAGCUCUAUGCGGCGGGCAUUGAGGAGGAGAAUAGGCUAGGGAAAAACUUGGACCCUGGGUGA